GGGAAACUCUAUCAUCAUAAUCCUCCCACUCGCACUUUUCUCCUAUUCUCAAACACAUUUACCCUCACUAACUUGAGGGAGGCUGCAUAACAAAUCAGGGGAAACAAGUUGUAAAAUUUACCUCUCUGCGAUUUUACAUCUCGAAAACACCUUCUCAGCUGGGGGAAUGAUAAGCAUGUGCAGCAGUGCUUCAAUGUGCAUUUGCAAUCAUAGAUUUGACAGCGCAUCAACUGAUUAGUCGCAAAAGGGAAGCACAAUUGGACAUAAUCUGUAUAGUACAUGGAAAUGCGAAAGCCAUUGGGACAGAAAAUCUGCUCUUGACAUUUUUAGACUGGCGAAGAAUUCAACUUGAGUUUCUCUCCAGCUCUCUCUUGGCCUGAGGUCUAUCCCUUUCUGGAGAAGAGAACUUGGUUUUUGUUUGGAUGUUUCUGGUGAAUUCAUGGAUGAUUUAGCUGGAGCCACCAUCAAUUAAUACUCAUUAGCAUUACAAGACAACAGCCUUGGAUUGUACACAUCACUGGAAUCUUUUAAAAGCGUAUCAAAUAUUAGUUUCUUUCAGCUGCUGUGUUAUUUUGUCUCUGAUUUACUGUGCAUCUCGUUCAUCUCCAUCAUCAUGAACAGAGCUGUGGAAGCAAGUUUUCUAUGAAAAUUUGCAAAAUACAUGUCAACAACAUCAUCGUCUGAUCAUCUCGUAUUUUAUAUUCUUGGGAAGCAGCUUCAAAUCAAGUUAAGCCAAAAUCAGGCUGUAUUUUCUACGUUCAGAACUUCAGACUUUAUGUUGAGCGGUUCUCUGUUAUUCAACUUCUAGAAGUGUAGAGUUUUUGACAAGCAUCUUCCAUAUUUGGGGCUAGGCCUACUUGGGACUUCUGCUUUUAUUUGGAGCCCGGCAAAUCAAUCAUAUGACUUUCAAUUCUAAUUUCUACCAAAGGACGAGACUUGAAACAGGACUUCAUCAGGAGAAUCACAUCACAGGGACUGAUUACUGGUCCUGAUUAUCUCCUCCCAUCUCAUCUCGCACCCUGUAUCCAUCCAUUCUCGCUCCCAGCUCUCUGGCACAAACUUGAACCCUGGCUUACGAACUAAAAAGGAUUACCCUACGCAGGACCUGCCUCUACAUUGAUUAGAGAGAGCUGUCGAAUGGAUUGAUGGCAUGGAGUUUAUAUGAUGGUCUGUCCUGUGAAGCAGUUAUCACCAAGCUGAAUCGCGUGACCUGGAUUACCCCUACAUAAAGCUUGUACUAUCAGAGGAAAAACAAGGAAAGAUUAUAUGCUUCGCCAUGCAAACAAGGGAAGGAGCGUGACCACUUUUCAAGCUUAUCCACUGGCUUGUUCUUUUUUUCCAGAUAUUUUCUGAAGAAAUUUGAAACAGCAAUCCUCUGUGACAUUUCGAACUAGAAUAUUUACUUGUUAUUUUAACAGUACCCAGGUAGGCCUCAUAAUAAACAAUGGAUCUCCUUUGUUUUACGUACUCUCUUGCUGUUACUCUUAUGCUGACAAACUGUGUUUCCAUGGUUACUGGACAACUAGAAUCUAUUCGUAUAUCGCCCAAUGACCAAAGUAUUCGCGAGGGUGGGGAAGCGCGAUUACCCUGUAUCUUGCAACAACCUGGAAUAUGCAAUGUGUAUUGGUACCGCAAGGACAUGCAGACGUAUUUCUUCCGGAAUGCUGAUUUCAUGCCACGCAUCCCUUCCGAAGUCAGUGAGCGAUAUUCGAUUGCUGGGAACGCAUCAGCAGGUGAUUUUACUCUGCGCAUUGUGAAUGUUUCUUCAUGGGACGAUGGAGAAUAUCAAUGCGCUUGUUACGCACCAUCUCAUAAGGAUACUUUGACCUCCGAUCCAGCAGUUCUCCAAGUUCUUAUCGCUCCACCUGAUGAGUACCCUAUCUGUGAGGUACGGAAAAGACAUGGAUUAUUGUUGCCAGGGGAUGAGGUGGAAUUGAUAUGUCGCUCAAGUGAAGGUUCACCUGCGGUACAGCUGGCGUGGUACAAAGGAGAUCAAAGACUUCAUUCUGAAAUGUCUUGGAAUUAUGAGAUUGUUGCUAAACACAGAACCGUUGUUACGCUGCGGGAUAAUCUAUCAAACUAUUACUGCAGAGCGGAGGGUGAAGCUCUUUUGCUGCCACGGAACUGUACCGUUGAUCCUGUUGCCAUGGCAGCCCCUCCACCUGUUCAGAUCGACUCCAACUUUCAGAAAGUCUGGCAGGAGUUUGAAAGCGGAACGCUUCCGUUGACUGGAGGCCAGCCUCGAUCCCGGGACAUGAUUGAACUGAGCUUUACGUGCGGACCGAGCACCAACUUCAGUCGCGAUGUGAACAACUUCACCUGGUAUGUCAACCAUGAUCCUAUCCGCCCCGAAACUUUUGGAUAUAUCUUGGAGAAUAACGGGCGUACCCUUCGCGUAACUGACUUGUCGAUUCUCUACAGUGAUAUCGAUGUCGAGAUUGUGUGCGAGUUGUCUAACAAUGGUUGGACGGUAUCAAAUAGCACCACAGUGGUGAGUCUGAAUGGCAAUGUUCUUGGAAAGCCAACAGCCACCGUGACAAAGACAGAGCUUCCUACUGCCCAUGACACUGACAUUUUAAUCAAUAAGCAUCCUAGCAAAUGGAGGCUCUGGCCGAUCUGGCUGUUAAUUGUUUGUGUUCUAAUGUCUCUUUUCUUGCUCAUUCUUCUGGCUAUCUACGCACCAGUUAUUUGUGGCUGUAAAAGGAAGAAAGCUAAGAAUUCUCACGCUCACUGCCAUCAUGGUGCCACCACAAAAUCUGAAUUUCAUUACACACACUCGCAGGGAUGCAGCACUCUGAGAACCUCCCGCGACACGUUGAAUGUAUACGAGUUGCCCGAGAGCGAACGUGGUGGAAGUGAUCAACAGAGGCAGCAAGUGCAAGCGACGCUACAUGUGGUGGUUCACUCCGCUAAUCACUCCUCCAACAGCCCAGUAGACAGCAUGCCCGUCAUCUCCACCGCCGAGACUAUCGUGUCCUCAGACUACAGCACCAAUGACUGCCUGGCCACCACAUCCUCCAAAGCCAUUGGAAACUACUACCAUCCCGAGGUGGGUCACUACCAGAAAGUCCGUCCUGGUGCGCGCCCCGCCCACUUCAACUCGCAGCUCCUUGUUCCCCCUUCACCAAGGCCACACCCACCGGCGAGGACCGACUCGUUGGAGCCUCAUUACCAACAUCCGCGGUCGCCCAUGUGUUGCAUCAACAAAACAUGGGGGCAUAACGUAAGGCAUGAGAAACCGUUAUGCAAUCAUGCCCCCCUCGCUAUGUCUUCCCAACCCGAUGUCACGGAGGGUUGCUAUGUUCGGACAUUACCCCUUCCGCCUAACGAGGUCAAACAGGCUAGGUUGGUGUACAUGGACACUGGCCCACUUGAUCAAGUCGGCAAUGGGACUGUGUAUUCUGAUGUUCCUUUGGAUGAUGGGGACAACAUUUACGAGAACAUCGAAGGGGAAGAGGGAGAAAAGGGCAAUAAACAAACCCUUGUAUAAUGUUUGUUCAUGAUCAAAACCUACCUGAGAAAUACAUGAAGAUGUAAAUUUACAUUGCUCCGUUAUACAAGUAUGAAAUGGAAAAUCAGAAAUUAACAAUUAUCUUGAGUUAUAUUCAAUAUGAAAAUACUGGAAUUGUCCUCUAACUUGGUGGAAACUUUAUUAAUAUACACCACUACAAAAACUUAGCGUUUUGUUUGUGUUUAAAUUGUUUGUAAGAAAAUUUUUGAGUUUCUGAUGAAAGUUUUAGUAUUUUGGGGAACUGAGCAACACCACUUGAAGAUGUAUUCUCAACAUUGAAUUUUGAAAUGCAGGAAUGUGUAGUUGGUGAUGCUUUAUAGACAGUGGUCAAAUGGCAGAGAUAUUACAUGCGUUACGAAAAUGGUCUAUUAGUAGUUUCUACCUGUAUUUUAUGAAUUUCUUGUAAUCUUGAAUUGUUUCCUUUCAUUUCUACAAAAAUCAACAAUGUAUUUUCAUUAAUUUUAUUCACCAAGCUGCCUACCUCUAAGUUUAUUGUUGAAUGAAAUAAGGUGUUUCUUAGAACUUGGAAAUGACAUAGGUACUCAGUGUUUAUUUCUUACUACUAUUUCUCCCUUGCACAAAUAGGUUAUGCUAGAAAAAUGUCAAAAACAUGUUCGUUCUUCUUUGUCUACAUUCGUAUUCUAUCGCCAAUUCUAUCUCCAAUUUUAAUGCUAUUACAUCAUGAAACCGUGAUAUCAGUAUCAUGAUAUAAUAAAAUGCUGCGCAUCUUCAGCAGUCUCUUAUUACUGGCCAGAUAUAAUCAGAUUAUAAAGUGGGGGAGUUAAUUCCUUAAUGGUCCAAUGACCUCCAUCAACAUCUCCAAAUCACUCCUCCUACCAGUCUCCUUGGCACCAUCAUUUUGAUUCUGUGAAGUCCCCAAGGUUUCAAUUAUCUCAUCUUGUUCUUUCAAUCAUGGGUAUUACAACAUCUGUCUAUUUAAUUGAGCUGACAGACUGAUGCAUCAAGUCAUCCAUUUCAUUUGACGGGAUGGUUGAAGGCUUGUAUUUUGUUUUUAUUUUGGAAUGGAUUUUUGAAUAGAAGAUUAGAUAAAGAAAUACCUCAACAGAAUUAUUAGAAGUCAUGAAAAAUGUUAAAUGUGUUGUAUUUGGGCAGAAUAUAUCUUUGGUGUAGACUGAUUACAAAUACCUUGCAAAACUGUACCACAAAAUUGUAGUAAACGUGCUAUUAUAUAAAUAAGCUUCUUUUAUAUAUCAUAUUUUUCUUUAAACAACAUACAACAUAUAAUUUAGCCAUUCUAGAGUUCUAGUAAAUACCAAAUCAAUUUGUCAAAUUGAUCAUGUCUGGAUCCAAGGGUUUAGUAGUGAGUUUCUUACCCCUGUUUAUUUGAUUAUUAUUGGUUCAUACAAAAGAAAUUUCAAUUUCCCCUCUUCAGUAAUGAUUUUGAAAUGUCAUUCUGUCUGUAUGAUUUAUAGGACUAUUUAUUUAUAACAUGAUUGGUUUUACAGUAAUGUAUUCAGUGACCACUUAUCAGGCUAACUAAUUCAAUUACAAGCCACAUUGUUCCGAUUAAGAAAUUCAAUAU